ACAGCUCGUCGGGGUUCAGCAAGUUCGUCACAUGCUACACGAAGUGUUUGUUGCGUACUGUAGUCGUCAUUCACCGGCUUGGUCGUUCUUUCAGACCGGACGAGGAUGAGCUAAUAAAGCCCUCAGGGUCAGGAUUGGAAAGUACUCCGUAGAAGAUGAGUCCUCCAACCUGGACGAGAUACCUCUGAUGAUGUCGGAGGACGGCUUCGAGAACGACGAGAGCGACUACCAGACGCUGCCGCGGGGCCGAGUCCACCAGAGGCGGAGAGGCCUCGGCUGGUUCCUCCUCGGCGGAUGGAAAGUCCUCUGCGGCAGCUGCUGCGGCUGCCUCGCCCGGGUCUGCCGGAGGAAGAAGGAGCUGAAGGCCCGGACGGUGUGGCUCGGCUGCCCGGAGAAAUGCGAGGAGAAGUUCCCCAGAAACGCCAUCAAAAACCAGAAGUACAACAUCUUCACCUUUGUGCCUGGGGUUCUCUACCAGCAGUUCAAGUUCUUCCUCAAUCUCUACUUCCUGGUGGUGGCCUGCUCACAGUUUGUGCCGUCUCUGAAAAUCGGAUACUUGUACACGUACUGGGCGCCGCUGGGCUUCGUGUUAACCGUGACGAUGGUGCGGGAGGCCGUGGACGAAGUGCGUCGGUACCAACGCGACAAAGAGAUGAACUCUCAACUCUACAGCAAGCUCACAGUGCAAGGAAAAACUCAAGUGAAGAGUUCAGACAUCCAAGUCGGGGACCUGAUCAUCGUUGAGAAGAACCAAAGGAUUCCUGCAGACAUGAUAUUCCUGAGAACAUCGGAGAAAAAUGGUUCAUGUUUCAUCAGAACCGACCAGCUGGAUGGGGAAACGGACUGGAAGCUGAAGGUCGCCGUCAUCUGCACGCAGCGGCUCCCCGCCGUGGGGGACUUGUUCUCCAUCAGCGCCCAGGUCUACGCCCAGAGGCCUCAGCUGGACAUCCACAGCUUCGAGGGGAACUUCACACGGGAAGACGCGGACCCGCAGGUGGUCGAGAGUCUGAGCAUCGAGAACACGCUGUGGGCCAGCACCGUCGUGGCAUCCGGCACGGUGAUCGGGGUGGUGAUCUACACCGGCAAGGAGACCAGAAGCGUACUGAACACGUCCAAUGCCAAGAACAAGGUCGGCUUACUGGACCUGGAGCUGAACCGCCUCACCAAGGCCUUGUUCCUGGCCCAGGUGGUUCUGUCCAUCGUCAUGGUGGCGGUGCAGGGGUUCGUGGGUCCUUGGUUCCGCAACCUCUUCCGAUUCGUCGUGCUUUUCUCUUACAUCAUCCCCAUCAGUCUGCGUGUGAACCUGGACAUGGGGAAGUCGGCCUACGGCUGGAUGAUCAUGAAGGACGAACACAUCCCCGGGACGGUUGUGAGGACCAGCACCAUCCCCGAAGAACUGGGCCGGCUGGUCUAUCUGCUCACAGACAAGACGGGCACUCUGACGCAGAACGAAAUGGUGUUCAAGCGGCUGCACCUGGGAACCGUGUCCUACGGCACCGACACCAUGGAUGAGAUACAGAACCACAUAGUCCAGUCGUAUGCACAGGCGACCUCCCAGCCCUCCAAAGGCGGCGCCAGCGGCUCCACGCCGUCGCGGAAGACCCAGACGCCGGCGUGCCCGAAGGUCCGCAAGAGUGUCAGCAGCCGCAUCCACGAGGCGGUGAAGGCCAUCGCCUUGUGCCACAACGUCACGCCCGUCUACGAGUCGCACGCCAUCGUGAACGGCGAGACGGAGUCCGCCGAAGCCGACCAGGACUUCAGCGACGAAAACCGCACCUACCAGGCCGCCAGCCCCGAUGAGGUGGAGCUGGUGCGCUGGACGCAGAGCGUGGGCCUGACGCUGGUCAACAGAGACCUGGCCUCGCUGCAGCUGAGGACUCCCUCCGGACAGACGCUCUCCUUCCACAUCCUGCAGAUCUUCCCCUUCACCUCCGAGAGCAAGAGGAUGGGCAUCAUCGUCAGGGAGGAGUCGACGGGAGACAUCACAUUCUACAUGAAGGGGGCCGACGUUGUCAUGGCGAGCAUCGUCCAGUACAACGACUGGCUGGAGGAAGAGUGUGGGAACAUGGCCAGAGAAGGCCUGAGGACGCUGGUGGUGGCCAAGAAGUCUCUGUCUGAGGAGCAGUACCAGGACUUUGAGAACCGCUACAACCAGGCGAAGCUGAGCCUCCACGACCGAGGCCUGAAGGUCGCGGCCGUGGUGGAGAGCCUGGAGCGGGAGAUGGAGCUCCUGUGUCUGACGGGCGUGGAGGACCAGCUGCAGGCCGACGUCAGGCCCACGCUGGAGCUGCUGAGGAACGCCGGCAUCAAGAUCUGGAUGCUGACGGGGGACAAGCUGGAGACGGCGACGUGCAUCGCCAAGAGCUCCCACCUGGUGUCCAGGACGCAGGACAUCCACGUCUUCAAACCGAUCUCGAGCAGAGGAGAGGCCCAUCUGGAGCUCAACGCCUUCAGAAGGAAACAUGACUGUGCUCUGGUCAUCUCCGGAGACUCCUUAGAGGUGUGCCUGCGGUACUACGAGCACGAGUUUGUGGAGCUGGCGUGUCAGUGUCCGGCGGUGGUCUGCUGCCGCUGCUCCCCGACCCAGAAGGCCGAGAUCGUCACGCUGCUCAAGCAGCACACGGACAACCGGACCUGCGCCAUAGGAGACGGAGGAAACGACGUCAGUAUGAUCCAGGCUGCAGACUGCGGCAUCGGUAUUGAAGGAAAGGAAGGGAAGCAGGCGUCUCUUGCCGCAGACUUCUCCAUCACCCAGUUCAAGCACAUCGGGCGCCUGCUCAUGGUUCACGGCCGGAACAGCUACAAGCGCUCGGCGGCGCUGGGUCAGUUCGUGAUGCACCGCGGCAUGAUCAUCUCCACCAUGCAGGCGGUCUUCUCCUCCGUGUUUUACUUUGCCUCGGUGCCGUUGUACCAGGGCUUCCUCAUGGUCGGGUAUGCCACCAUGUACACCAUGUUCCCCGUGUUCUCCUUGGUUCUGGACCAGGAUGUGAAGCCAGAGAUGGCUCUCCUCUACCCGGAGCUCUAUAAAGACCUCACCAAGGGACGUUCCUUAUCUUUCAAGACUUUCCUCAUCUGGGUUCUGGUCAGUGUGUAUCAAGGUGGCAUCCUCAUGUACAGCGCGCUGGUGCUGUUCGAGGCGGAGUUCGUGCACGUGGUGGCCAUCUCCUUCACGGCGCUCAUCCUCACCGAGCUGCUCAUGGUGGCGCUGACCAUCCGGACCUGGCACUGGCUCAUGGUGGUGGCCGAGUUCUUCAGCCUGGGCUGCUACCUGGCCUCGCUCGCCUUCCUCAACGAGUACUUCGGCAUAGGCCGGGUGUCCUUGGGAGCGUUCCUCGACUUGUCGUUCAUCACCACCUGGCCUUUCCUGUGGAAGGUGUCCGCCAUCACGCUGGUCAGCUGUCUUCCUCUCUACAUCAUCAAAUACCUGAAGCGCAAGUUCUCCCCGCCGAGCUACUCCAAACUGUCGUCGUGAGCCCCGCGUGGCGCCCGGGGGACACGGCCUCUUCUUCUUCGCGGUUUGAUGCUCGGGAGGAGGGUAAGCAACCACUGGACCGAUCGCACACGAGGACGUUUAAUUGUCCUUUGGAUUAUGUCACUGAGACUUGGGAUUACUUGAAAAUAAAGCAGAGCACAUGGAAAAGAGAGAACCGACGAUCAGAGGAUGAAGUCGCUCGCCAGGAGGGGGGCGGGGUCAAUCUGCCUUCUCUUUGUUUUUAAGCGUUUUAAACCAAUCGGCUUCAGACGUCAUUUUAUGCCGUUCGGAUGCAUUUCACCGUUUAGAUUUCGGAGGGUAAAAAAAAUGUCAAGUGUUAUUUUUAUGACUGCAGGUAUUAUAAUCAUUACAGCGGCCGGCCGGAGUCGAGUUUCUGUGACGGGUUUGAAAAGAAAAAUCCUCGACUUGAAUGUUUCCCCGUGUUCCCGUGCGUGAAUCCUUCACAUGCGGCGGCAGGCGAAGCCUCGCUGCGCCUCACUUCUUCAAAUCAGAACAUUUGGGACUCGUUCAGACCUCAAACGUUUCCGCGCGCUGACGUCUCGCACAUUUUUGAGACGGCCAAUGACAUCCCCGGAGUUCGCGACCACACUCCAUCGUCGUCCGUCGGUCUCCGCUCCUCCCGGCAGCUCGCCGUGUGCCUCGCUAGGAUGAUUCACGUCUCUGUCGAUGUGCCGACGCUCUUUGUCGUGGCCACAUCUCAACUUCCGGGAGCAUUAAAACAUUUUUAGAGAAGGUUAAAAGUACUUUAGGAAGUGACCACGCAGGAGCCUGAAUCACAGAUGCGAUUAUUUCGACUCCCUCUGGGUUUCUGUCGUCGUGACGUUCAGCUCUUCUCUUUAAGGAGGAAUGAGUUUUAUCAUUUACUCCAUGUUUUGAUGGACCAAAGUUAAACGGAUCCGUUGGCCGUCCAGGAGACGGGAUGCAGGCCGUCUGUCUGUCAUCGGUCAUACGGGAGUCGAUGGUUCCUCAACACCGCUGUGUCCUGUCAGAUGUAGCUCGACUAUGAGGAGAAAUACCAGAUGUGGUUAUUUGGGUCGAGGGCGACACUUUAAUGCAAAAACUGUGUAUUGUUUUUAAAAUUUCUGCAAUUCCAAAUGUUGAUUCCUGUGUUUUCUGAUGAGAUCUCUGUUCUGUGUACGUGAUGUUGUAUAAACUUUGUUCUUUUCUCAUCAACUUGCGUUCCGUGACUUACUUUCGAUUUAUAAAAUUGUCUGUUUAUUUAUAAUAUUGUUAUUGAUUGAUGAAUAAUAAAACAACAGAUGCCAAGAAGUU